UAAAAGUCUAUGGAGGAACGCCACUGCAAUACAUACAAGUUUUAAUUAACAAGGGACAUGACUGUAGAAAUAAAGCUGCUAUAACAAAGCAGUAGUGGCCCUUGGAGAGCCUCGUUUCGGCUUGCCGUUGAAGGAAAAAGGUUGGUGACGUCAGUCGAGGCGUGCUUUGCUGAUCGAGAAUUCCCAUGUUGAAUCGGAGAAUUUCCCUGGUAUUUUUCUGAAAUUGCUUGUGAUAAGCGAGCAUGUGAUCUAUUUGGUGAUAUAUUUUGAAAAUGAGAGAAGUUUGUUCGUUGCGGGACGGUGAAUACAAGAAACAAGUACCGUAAGACAGGCUCAGAUUCGUUUGUCGUUUGAGUGUUUGGGAAUGCCACGUCGGAAAACCACCCUUCUGUCUGACGGUUCACCUCCGGCUCAAAACC